CGGAGGGCAUCUAAGAACCUCUGGAGCUUAGGAGGAGGGAAGCCGGCCUGUGGGGAGGGGCAAUGGCCGCCAGGGUUGUCAUGUGAGGCUGUCAUGUGACCCUGCUACAGUGGCUGACUGCGCCGGCCGGCAAAGCCAUGGGCUCCCAGCUCCGGGUCUCCGGCGGGCUCGCCCCUCCUGGGGCUCCAGUCCUGCUUCUGGGGCUGGGGCUGCUGCUGACCGCCGGUGGCGAGCGCCAGGCCCGCGGGGCCGUAGACCCCGACUUCCGGGAGAGGUACUUUGACCAGCUCCUGGACCAUUUCAACUUCGAGAGAUUCGGCAACAGAACCUUCCGCCAGCGGGUCCUAGUGUCAGACAGGUUCUGGAGACGCGGCGAGGGGCCCAUCUUCUUCUACACGGGGAACGAGGGCGACAUAUGGACCUUCGCCAACAACUCGGGCUUCCUGGCAGAGCUGGCGGCGCAGCAGGCGGCCCUGCUGGUCUUCGCGGAGCACCGCUACUACGGCCGGUCGCUGCCCUUCGGCGAGCAGUAGCGCGGGCGCACGGAGCUGCUGACGGUCGAGCAGGCCCUGGCCGACUUCGCAGAGCUGCUGCAGGCGCUGCGGCGGGACCUGGGGGCCCACGACACCCCCGCCGUCGCCUUCGGAGGCAGUUACGGGGGGAUGCUCAGCGCCUACCUGAGGAUGAAGUACCCCCACCUGGUGGCAGGGGCACUGGCCGCCAGUGCCCCCGUCAUAGCUGUCGCAGGCCUUGGCGACUCCUACCAAUUCUUCCGGGACGUCACCACAGACUUCACCAGCCAGAGUCCCGAGUGUGCCCAGGGCGUGCGGGAGGCCUUCCGGCAGAUGAAGGACUUGUUCCUACAGGGAGCCCAUGAAACAGUCAGCCGGGAAUUCGGCACCUGCCAGCCACUCUCGGGCCCUAGGGACCUGACACAGCUCUUCGCGUUCGCCCGGAACGCCUUCACGGUACUGGCCAUGAUGGACUACCCAUACCCCACCAGCUUCAUGGGGCACUUCCCCGCCCACCCGGUCAAGGUGGGCUGUGCCCGGCUGCUGAGGGAGGCACAGCCAAUCCCCGGACUGCGAGCCCUGACAGGGCUGGUCUAUAACUCCUCGGGCACCGAGCCGUGCUACGACAUCUACCGGCAGUACCGCAGCUGCUCCGAUCCCACGGGCUGCGGCACCGGCCCGGAUGCCAAGGCCUGGGACUACCAGGCCUGCACCGAGAUCAACCUGACCUUCUCCAGCAACAACGUGACCGACAUGUUCCCUGCCCUCCCGUUCACCGACUUGCAGCGCAGGCAGUACUGCCUGGACACGUGGGGCGUGUGGCCCCGGCACGACUGGCUGCGGACCAGCUUCUGGGGGGGUGACCUCAAGGCUGCCAGCAACAUCAUCUUCUCCAACGGGGACCUGGACCCCUGGGCAGGUGGCGGGAUCCGGAGGAACGUGAGCGCGUCCGUCAUUGCUGUCACUGUCCGGGGGGGUGCGCACCACCUCGACCUCAGAGCGUCGCAGCCAGAAGACCCUGCAUCUGUGGUGCAGGUGCGCCAGCUGGAGGCCACCCUCGUCCGCGAGUGGGUGAAGGCUGCCUGGCGUGUCUGAGAGCCAGCCCCACACGGCCAGGGGCCGAGGUCCCCAGACCCAGCCGCGCGGUGGGCUCUUGGUCCCCUGGUUGCCCUGUGGGGCUCCCCGGGGGUGGGCCUGAAUAAAUGUCUGUUUACCCUGAAUGUGUCCUGGCUGGUCGUGGGGCCCACACGUAGUGGGCGUGGGCAUGUGGGACACACACAGGCAGCAGCCCUGCCAUGGCCUCCCAAGGCAACUUGUGGUGAAUUAAGCCUCGUAGCUGCAUGGUUAAGGGACCUGGAUCCCACACAGCCACUGAGGGUUCGAAUCCUGGCCUGGUGGCCGGAAGACAGAGCAGGCCUGUGUCUGUAGGAAACCCCAGCAGGG